ACUGCACAGAACCUUGUGCUACGUACCUGUACCCUCGUACCCUCGUACCGCACCUUCUGCCUUGUCGUGAACCUUGGGCCGAACCCUUGAACUUUUUCCCCGCCUUGGGCUGAGGAUGAUGAAGCAAAAACUUACAGGUGGUGAAGACUAGACCUCGAUGUUUCUGAGCUCAGGAUCCUACUAUGAACCUUUCCUUUCUUGCCCAUAAACAAAAUCUUCACCAUCCUAUCGUGUAUUGGAGUCGCAUCACCACGCCAAGCCCAGGAAUUCCCAAGUGAGGGGGCAUCAAGCAAGCAAGCUAACAAGCUCCUCAACAGCUGCGUCUCCAUACCUACCCACGGACUCAAAUACUGUGUUUUUCCCAGGAUACGGAUACGGAUACUUAUUCGAUCCCAGAGCUCCGGUAAUUCAUAAUGCCACGCGAUCUCCAUCUUGAGCAACCGCAACCGCAAAAACAACCAUCGCAAGACGACAAACCCGGUUCACCACCCACCCUGAGCGAGUCCCCGAAUAGAAUGUCGGGCCCCUCCAGUCCCGAACCGGAGAGCUCUGGCUCCAAGAGCUUUUCCAUUGUUCCGCAUGAUCAGCAGUAUCGCCCGACGCUGAAUUUACAUCCGCUUGUGAGGCCGCUUACGAUUUCUGAUCUGGGGAGUGUGGUUGCGCUUGAGAAUGGUGCUUUUGUGGAAGAGAGCGAGAGGGCUACUAGAGAGAAGGUAUGCUUUAUUCUGUUUUUGUUUGGCUACGUAUGCCUGUGUGAGGAUUUGGGGAAGGGUUCAGUAACGAGAUACUCUUUUUUUCUCUUGGUUGGGAGACCCGGAAUCUCGUAACGGGAUACAUGGGAUUUUCAAGAAAGAAGAUACGAAAACCCGAAAGUGAAAGACUAACAAGUUUCUCAAGAUAGAAUACCGACUCUCCAAAUGUGGCGAACUCUGUUCUGGCCUCUUUACCACUGUCGUACCCGGUCCUCAACAAUCGUUCUCCUCCACCACCCUCUCCUCCGCCUCUCCCGUCGAAACCUCUCGUAAGAAUGGCGCUGUUUCGGUACUUCUUGGUCAUGUAGUCGCUACGAAAACUACGAGUCCGCUGGCGACGGAUGAAUCUAUGGAUUUCCCUAAGGAUUGGAAGAGUGCGAGUUCGGCGAAGAAUGAGGUUGGUCAUAUGGAGAUGGGAAGGACGAUUGUGUUGCAUAGCGUGACUGUGACGCCGGAAUUUCAGGAAAGAGGGUUGGGAGGGGUCUUGAUGAAGGCUUAUAUUAGUUCGAUGGCGGGGAGUGGAGUUGCUGACCGGUUGGUUUUGAUUGCUCAUGAUGUGAGUUUCUUUCUUCUUGGUGUUUUGUUUUACACGGGUUUGCUAAUUGGAAUAGCAUAAGGUUGGUUGGUAUGAAAAACUUGGGUUUGUGAGUCAAGGGAAGAGCAAGGUUCAAUUCGGUGGUGGUAACUGGAUUGACAUGGUAAGUAAUUCAUUCCGUGUGAAAAUAACAUAGCUAAUUGAUCGACAGGUUUACGAGUUGAAGAAAACCGAGCCAAGAGCAAGAUAUGGUUGAUAGGAUAUUAUUUUAUGAUACCCCAGAUUUAUUAUGAGCAUAAAGGCAUCUUUGGGGCUGGUUUAGCAAGAUAAAGAAGUCACUAAUGAAAUGACGAAGGGACGAUUUGGGGCGGUAGGUAGGUAGCAAUUCCAUAAUCAAAGGCUGGGGGUAUCAUAAAUUUAAUCAGUAGCCCCAAACUUCUCUCUAUACUCCACCAUCCUCUUCAUAUCCUCCUCACCACCCUCCUUCCCACUCAACGCAGCAAUGAUAUCAUUCAUCGUCAAAAUAGCCAACACGGGAAGAUCAAACUCCCUUCUAAUCUCCC